AUGUCGCAGUCUGCCUUAUUCAACUUUCAGUCACUUCUCCUUGUCUUCCUGCUUAUUAUUUGCACAAGCACUUAUGCGCACUCCAUCAUGCCAGGGAUCAUGGACCGCAACCAGCGUGGGUUCUUCGGGAUAUUUUGGAAGUGCGCUCGGAUUGGAGAACGUCUAAGCCCGUACGUUAGCAUUUGCUGCAUACUGAUGGCAGUGAGUACACCCCGAUUCUACGUCAUCUUAUCCAACGCAUAUUAG